AUUUUAACUUGAAAAGCUGAACAUCCAUUUUCAACAUGGAUAAUAAGUUCUUGAGAAGUUAAUCCAAGGUUUUUCCUCAUUUUUAUUUCUGGUUCCUUUAAAAUUCAUUUAUAUUUUCUAAAAGGAAAAAGAUUCCGAGAAACCAUUCAUUGACGGUGUUUUCGGGACACAAUCAGAGCGUAAGAGCUGUUUUGGACAACUUUUUUGUGCCCAAAAAAAUUCAAAACCCCAAAUUGCACAGUGUUCUCAUUUCAUCGCGGCGAAACUGGAGGGGAUGACAGCUUCCGCUUUCGAAAUUAUAAAAAUGCCCCACUAUGGACUAAAUUCAACGUUUGAAUUUUUUGUCUGUCAUGUGGAGAUAACGGUGAUUUCUGUAAUUUGCCCACUGUUUCUGUAGCCGUAGGGCCCCUUUGACGAGAAUAAAUGAGUAAUGGGUUUUCAGUAUGUUAUACAGUGAACACUGGUAAGAGUGGGUGGAGGUGAAGGUGAAAUUGACUCAUUGAUCUUUGGCUUAACUUUCUCAAAAUGCUCUGAGCCGCUCCUUCCCUCUUUGGGAUUUCUUUUUUCUUUUUGCUUUGAUUUUUAUUUUUUAUUUUUUAUUUAUUUACAAGAAAAUUUAUAGCCUUGUGGGUCAGGCAGCAUUGAAGUAGCUAAGUUCAUACAUCAACCCCAUUUGCAACUUGUUCCCGGGAAGGCUGUUAAAUCAUGCAGACCCCAAAAGCAAGAAGUGGCUCCUCAGAGGUGCCUCAAAAAGUUUCUCCUCGAGCUGUGCGCCGCCAACUCAAGCCGGCUGCAUUAGAGACUGACAGUGCAUCUGCCUCAACUCAAACUAGUAAAGCAUCCAAAGAUAGAAGCCCAAAAGUUAUUGAACGCAGGUCACCACGAAGCCCCGCGUCUGAGAAGAAGCGCCCAAGCAGAAUAUCAGAAUUGGAAUCCCAGGUCUCUCAACUUCGGGAGGAACUGAAGAAGGCAAAAGACCAGCUGAGUUUGUCGGAAUCAUGGAAGCAGCAAGCGCAGCAAGAUGCUGAGGAGUCCAAGAAGCAACUAUCGGCCUUGUCCUUAAAGCUUGAAGAGUCCCAGAAGCAGCUUCUGGAGCUGUCCAAUUCUGGGGAAGCUGGUGUGUUUAACCUCCAAGAGAUCUCACAAGAACAUGAUCGAGCAAGGCCGUAUGAGCUUGAGGCUAUCCAGAAGCAGAAUUCAGUUGAUUCAGCUGCCUUGGCUUCUGCCAUGAAUGAGAUUCAGCAGCUUAAGUUCCAGCUUGAAAUGGUAGCUAAAUCUGAGGCUACACAAACCAAGCAGGUAGAAUUAGCAAAUGCAGAGAUGCAGAGCUUGAAAGGAAACCUUGCAGAAACUGUGUGUCUUAUGGAGAGCAUGAAAAACCAGCUACAGGAUUGCAAAGAAUCAGAAGCUCAUGCCAAAGCAAUGGUUACUGAAACUCUGCUGCAACUGGAAACUGCUAAAAACACUGUUGAGAUGCUCAGGUCGGAUAGCAUGAAAGCCAUUGAAGCUUACAAUUCCAUUGGCUCCGAGCUAGACCAGUCAAGGGCACAUGUGAACUUACUAGAGGGACUUGUUAGAAAACUUGAGGCAGACCUAAAAAAUGCUAGUGGUGAGCUUUAUCAAAAUCCUUCAGGUGAUGAUGACCUUGAGCUGGAACUUGUAAGAAACCACGAGAUCGAGGAAUCAAUAGACAGUAAAGCAGGACUUCAUUCUUUGAAGUCUGAGGUGGCACGGUUAAGAUCUGCUCUAGAAAGUGCUGAGACCAAAUUCCAUGAAGAACAAAUUCGAAGCACGGUGCAGAUAAGAAGUGCUUACGAACUCAUGGAGCAGAUAAAAUCUGGAUCAAGUCUGAGAGAGGCUGAACUAGAGGCAGAGCUAAAAAACACAAAAGCAGAUGUUGAAGAGUUGAAAGCAAAUCUGAUGGAUAAGGAAACUGAAUUACAGGGUGUUUUGGAGGAGAAUGAGGGGUUGAAUUCAAAACUUGGGAAGAACCACUCAUACCAGAAAGAAUAUGAACUGGGAAAGGAGCUGAAGAAAUUAAAUGAACAUGUUGCAGACUUGAGGGCCAAUUUGAUGGAUAAGGAGACAGAAUUACAGGGUAUAACGGAGGAAAAUGGAAUUCUGAAAUUGGAAGUCAAGAAAAGGGAAAUGAACAGGGCUAAAGUGAAUGAUGAGGUGGCUGCAGAAGUAGAGGCAGCGAAGAUUGCACAGCGAGAGGCUCUUGUGAAGCUUGGGAUUGUGAUGGAGGAAGCAGAUAAGAGCAACAGGAGGGCAGUGAGGGUGGCUGAGCAGCUUGAGGCAGCACAAUCAGCAAAUUCAGAAAUGGAAGCAGAGUUGAGAAAGCUAAAGGUGCAGUCUGACCAGUGGAGGAAGGCUGCAGAAGCAGCUGCAGCCAUGCUUUCGGCCGGGAAUAAUGGGAAGCUCAUGGAAAGAACUGGGUCCUUGGACAGCAACUAUAAUCCGGUUGCAGGGAAGAUUAGCUCGCCUUACUCGGAAGACACCGAGGAUGAUUUGAUGAAGAAGAAAAAUGGUAACAUGCUAAAGAAGAUUGGAGUGCUGUGGAAGAAGCCACAGAAAUAGGAAGACAAUGACACAGGUUAUUUUGGUUGGUCGGUACAACCAAAUUGUUUUAUUCUGAAGUAAAAUGCUUGCACUCACUCUCCCGAAGAUUGUAGGUGUAAUGGCAGUGAUUUUCUCAGCCUUUUGAGGUCAUGUUAUGUUAACCCAGAACGUACAUACUGUAGUAGCAAAUUUCAUGCUUUAUGCAAAAAAUUGAGUUGCCCUGUUUUUAAAUUCUGAAGGAGAUUCGUAUCAUGCUCCAGGACAAUGAUGGAAUUAAUGAUAGACAUGUUUUUCACA